AUGUCUAUAACUCUGUCUUCUCAGAAUGGUGAUCACUCCAGGAACUCUGGGUUCUGUGGAUAUCUGCUUACCUUCUUCUCCUUCCUCAUUGUCUUUCUUACUUUUCCUGUCUCGGUCUGGUUUUGUAUGAAGAUUGUUCAGGAAUAUGAAAGAGCAGUUAUUUUCCGUUUGGGACGACUCCUAGGUGGUGCAAAAGGACCUGGUUUGUUCUGGAUUAUUCCAUGUAUGGACACAUUUCGGAAGGUUGAUUUAAGGACAGUAUCUUUUGACAUCCCUCCACAAGAGGUGAGUGAUUCAUUUGAAAAUGUUAAAAAAAAAAAUUUCAUUUCAGUUCUUGUUUUUUUUUCUAAUGAGGUGCUGACAAAAGACUCUGUGACUAUAAUGGUGGAUGCAGUGGUCUUCUAUCGUGUCUUUGACCCAACUGUCUCCAUUACCAAAGUGGAGAAUGCUAAUUAUGCCACGCAGAUGCUUGCACAGACUGCAUUACGAAACAUGCUCGGAACUAAGAGCCUGGCAGAUAUCUUAAAAGACCGUGAGGAGAUGUCCGAACAGAUGGAGGUAAGAAAACUCUUCCUGAAAACAACUGCUGUGCUGUAUGCUGCAUCCAAGAGCUGGGGUAUCAAAGUGGAACGGGUCGAGCUUAAAGAUAUCAAACUGCCCACCACUUUGCAGAGAGCCAUGGCAGCUGAGGCAGAGGCCACCAGAGAUGCCAGAGCCAAGGUGGGUGUCUGA